CACUCGCGUCCUGUGUCGGCCUUUUUUACGCCGUCGCCCUGUCUCGGGGUUCGGUGUGAUCCGUGAGACAUAGUUUAAGGCAUACCAUUGAUACGUCUGUCUUUCUACUCCUCACCGCAUGUCCUUUCCCGAGACCUUGGGGAGGAUGGACGGUCCAACUGGAUUAUCCGGCGCGUCGCCCGCAACACCCGCAACCCUUUCGGACCUCAACAACCACACGCACGAGCCUCUCGGAGGCACAAUGGGCUUCGAGUACACCGAACAACUCCUCACCCCCGAGAAUAGUCGCUCCGAGACCUCCAGCAACAACGAGAACGCGUCCGCCGAAGAGAAACCAACCCUACGCCGGCGAUCUACACGUGUAACACGCGCCUCGUUGCGGGGGACCGCCCAACUAGGUGACGCCCUGGACGCAGAUAAUCAUGGUAUUCCAACUCCGGUGGAUGAAAUCGAGCCUACGAUCUCGAGUGAAACCCUCACCGAUGGGCUUGGGGCUCGGGUUGCGGAGGUGAAGUCCGCGUCAACCUCCCACCUUCGGCACAGCAUAGCGGUUAUGGAAACGGCAAUAUGGAGCGAGGCAACACUCACGCAGGAUCAUGUCGACGUCGACGACCAUCCGUUGGCGCCAGAUACGCCUGUUUCCAAAUCGUCUCAGGACCCGCAACCCGGUGACAUGAGCACGUCGCUACAACAACGGACUCUACGGAGGCGCGUGGAACGGGUGUUGACCCAGGAGGAAAAGAAAGACCAGGAAAAGUCUCGGGAGAAGUCUACCGCCACAGCCAAAGUCGACAGCCCGAAGCCAACGCGUCGCUCAAACCGGCUGAGCAUCCUCGACAAGGCGUCAGACCUUGUUGGCCGGGCUAGCAGCGUUUUGGGGAAGCGCUCGCGUGACAAGACCGAAAAGAGUGCCGAACCGAGCCGCCGCGCCAGCCUACGAGUGCGCAACGCCGCUACCCCAAAAGAAGAGCCCCCGGCUCCAGCCCCGGCCCCUAGUGCUCCGGUGCCAAAGAAGAGACGGGUCUCCGAGAGUGAUCUACCGACUAAGACGCAGCCCACGGAGGAAGCUGCACAGGAGCCAGCCGCCCCUGCGGAGCCUGUUCCGCGUGUGAAGCGGAAGCGUUGGCUGGCACACGGCCUGUAUUCAGGACAGGAGUACACAGACGCCCCGCCUAUUCAGAGCAGGAAUAAGAACAGGAGGAAGAGUCACCCGGAGCAGAGUCCGGCUCAGCGGAGGCUACUACCGCUGCCGAUGUUUGCCGGAGAAAGGCUACUGAAUCAGGGGAGAGACUUCCAACUACCGUUCGACAUCUUCUCGCCGCUGCCCCCUGGCCAGCCCAAGCCUGACGAGUGGAGGAAGACCAACAAGAACGUCUUUGUGGGAGAUGCAUCCAGUAUAUGGCGUGCGAACAAGCAUUGUGAGCUGUCCAAGUGCAUGUGCACGCCCGACACGGGCUGUGACGAGCAAUGUCAGAAUCGUUAUAUGUUCUACGAGUGCGACGAAGGCAACUGCGGGCUGGGCCCCGAGUGCGGGAAUCGAAGUUUCGAGGAGCUAAAGCAUCGGACGAAGGCCGGGGGCAAAUACAACAUCGGCGUCGAGGUCAUCAAAACCGCAGAUCGUGGAUACGGCGUUCGCAGCAACCGCACCUUCGAGCCCAACCAGGUCAUCGUGGAGUACACCGGCGAGAUCGUAACCCAGUCUGAAUGCAAUAAACGAAUGCGAACGAUUUAUAAGAAUAAUGAGUGCUACUAUUUGAUGUAUUUCGACCAGAACAUGAUCAUCGAUGCCACUCGCGGCUCCAUCGCCCGCUUUGUGAACCAUUCCUGCGAACCGAACUGCCGGAUGGAAAAGUGGACGGUCUCCGGAAAGCCUCGCAUGGCUCUUUUCGCUGGGGAUCGGGGCAUCAUGACCGGGGAAGAGCUGACCUACGACUAUAACUUCGAUCCAUAUUCUCAGAAGAACGUCCAGCAGUGCCGUUGUGGCUCAUCAAACUGUCGUGGAAUUCUGGGCCCGCGGCCAAAGGAAAAGGACCAGCGAGCAAAGGAGGCUAAGGUCGAGAUGAAGAAGGGCAGCACGAAGAGGGCAAAGGCCGGAACCAAGCGAAAGAGCAGUGACGUGCUCGACGAAUCUGCCUCGCAUGCCAACAAGAAGCGCAAGCUGCAGGUGGCAAGGACAAUCAAGUCGGGCGUCAAGAAGGUCGUUUCGAGGGCACGUGCGACUGUUGCUAAAUCAGCUGCUUCUCGGAAGAGGCCGGUGAAGGCGAAGGUCAGGGCCAGUCCUAAGGGAGCAGCCAAGGCCAGUCCUGUGAAGGGGGCAGCCAAAGCCACAAAGACAAAGAGCAGCCCUGCAAAGGGGACGCCUAAGAAAGCCACGAAAGAAACGGCCGGUCCUUCAAAGGGAACACCCAAAAAAGCCGCCAAGACGGCCGCGAAGACAACUGCCAAGGCAGCCCCGAAAUCACCUAAAACAGCCACGAAGGCAUCUCCCAAGACAGCCGGAAAGGCAUCUCCGAAGACAGCAGCGAAGGCGUCCCCGAAGACAGCGAAAGCAUCUUCCAAGACAGCAGCAAAGAAGCAACCCGUGAAGAAGGAUGAACCGAAGAAGAAGGCUAUCAAGUUACCCAAGGUCAAAGCAGUGAAGGCCAAGGCACGAGCCGCGGUGCCUAAGAAGACACAGACAACGAAAGCCAAGACGGAAAAGGCGGCCACAUCGCCGACGAAGGCGGCUUCUAAAGCGCCAUCCAAGGCGCCAUCCAAAGCGCCCUCUAAAGCACCCUCUAAAGCACCUUCUCAAGCACCUUCUAAAGCACCCUCUCUGCUGAGUCGUCCAUCCGCAGCUACUAAGGCAAAGAUCCUCGCUGCGGCCAAGGGCGUGAGCCCACGCAAGAGGCCCCAGAAGAAGGUAGAAGUCAAGGGAGAUGGCAAGAAGGUGACCAAGCCGAAGUCGAAGCCGAAGCCCAAGGCCACGGCCACAGCCACGGCCAAAGGCGCGAAGAUUACUGAGAGUGCAGUUCCCAAGGGCAAGAAGUGAUCAGCUACUGCUCUGAGAAUAAUUUUGGAUCCCAGAGCGAUCCACGUCCUUCUAUAUUUCUAGUUAAUCGUUUCUUCUCCCAUUCCCCUUUCUGUUACUUAUCUUGGACUGUUCUGGAACACCAUCUGCUUUCUUGCCUGGACUGCAGGCGUGUGCCCUGGAUCCAUUUCUUUCGAUCUAUCUUCUCCUUUCUUGAUCUAUAUUUUCGGCAAACUUUGGCCCCUAUCCCCUAAUGUGGUAGUUGGUUAACCGCGACUGGCCCUCCCUUCCUGGAUGCUGUAUUGACUGGUUUGAUUCGGUUUGAUUCGGUUUGGUUCGGUUUACGAUGGGCGCUAUUACCAGAUUUUGAUUGUAUCACCCCAUUCUGUU